CCCCGAGCCCAGCGCAGGGGGCAGCGAGCAGCGGGGCCGGGCCCCCCCGAGUCCUCCUGGUCCCUCUACUUCUGGUCCCUCCCUUCUACUGUCGAAAUUCAUCCCUAUGAAGUUAUGCGUUUGACCUGGAAGAACCGUGCUGCUGGCACCUCGGGGACCCUGUGAACUGGAACGGGAGAGGAGCCCGCCGGCAGGUGGAAUGGGGCAGCCAUGAACGGCGAUGCCCUGUGCCAGGAGCCCUCCUCCCCGCUCCCCGACUGGAGGGAGUUCUGUGAGCUUCAUGCCCAGGCGGCCGCCGUCGACUUCGCCCAGAAGUUCUGCCAGUUCCUGAAGGAGAACCCUCACUACGACACCCCCGGGGCAGAGACUUCCUUCUCCCACCAUUUUGCCGCCAACUUCUUGGAUAUCUUCAGCCUGGAGGUCAGCCGGGUGUUCGUGUCCGACUCUCCCACCAAGUACAACAUCGUGCCUUUCGUGGGGCUGCAGAACUGCCACGUCCCCUACGGGCGUGAGGUCACCCCGAGGAAGGAGGAGACAUCCACAGAGUCCCUGGACAGCAUGGACACCCCGUUGGGUGCCGGGCGGUACCUGAGCCCGGCCCAGCAGGCACAGGCACGCAAGGUCUCCUCUUACGGCCAGUCCCGCAGCUCGGAGGACGUCUCCAUCCACUCUACCACCAAGCCCAAGUUCAAGAAAGGCUUCUCCUUGAGGAACAUGAGCUUGUGCGUGGUGGAUGGCAUGAAGGAGAUGUGGCAUCGCAAGUCCUCUCCAGAGCCAGGCGCUGAGGCUGCCCCGGGUGGCCGGAGAGCCGAGAGGGAGCCGUGGCCACCUGGGGGCAAGGAGCCCAGUGACCCGCGGGAGAAAUGGACCCACAAGCUGCGCCUGUCCAAGGUGCCCUCUGCCAAGGUGGAGCUGGUGGACAUCCAGAGGGAGGGGACGCUGCGCUACAUGGUGGCCGAUGACACGAACUGUGUGGGGAGCUCCCAGUGGCAGAAGUGUCGUCUCCUGCUCCGGAAAGCGGUGAAGGUGGAAGGAGAGAGGUUCCUCCUCGAGUUUUAUGUCCCUCCGAAGGCUUCCAAACCCAAGGUGAGCAUCCCGCUCUCGGCCAUCAUCGAGGUCCGUACCACCAUGCCCUUGGAGAUGCCUGACAAAGACAACACCUUUGUCCUGAAGGUGGAGAAUGGGGCUGAAUACAUCCUGGAGACCAUCGACUCCCUGCAGAAGCACUCCUGGGUGGCAGACAUCCAGGACUGCAUUGACCCUGGGGACAGCGGGGACGACAUCGAGCUGGCGUCCUGCGCGCAGGGAGCCUGCCUGCCGGGCAGGGUGUCCUCCUGCAGCUGCGAGUUCCUGGCUGAUGAUGUGCCCAGGCCACCAGACAGAUGUCCUCUGCCCGGUGCUCACACCACCACCACGGCCACCGCUGUCCCCACACCCCACAGCAGGGGCAGGGACUCCCUGGGGGAGCUCCUCACCCACAUCCCACUGGAAAGCUUCCUGCAGACACUGGAGUCCUCCCCCACCACUGGUGGGCACCUGACAGGGGAGGACAGCGAAGCAGAGGCCGAGAUCAACCUCUCCAACUUCCCCUGGUUCCAUGGGACUCUCUCACGGAUCAAGGCAGCUCAGCUGGUGCUUUUUGGGGGUGCCCGGAGCCACGGCCUGUUUGUCAUCCGGCAGAGCGAAACGCGGCCGGGGGAGUACGUGCUGACCUUCAACUUCCAGGGAAAAGCAAAGCACCUCCGCCUGUCGCUGAACGAGAGCGGGCAGUGCCACGUGCAGCACCUCUGGUUCCAGACCAUCCUGGACAUGCUGCGCCACUUCCACACCCACCCCAUCCCGCUGGAGUCGGGCGGCGCCGCCGACAUCACCCUCCGCAGCUUUGUGGUGGCCCCCAGCCCCCUGCCCGACGCCGUCCCCCCCCCAGCGCUGGUGCCGCCGCUGCCGGGCUGCCGGCCGGACCCGCCGCUCCCGCACCACUUCUGCAGCCCCGCACCCGCUGCCCCGCCGGCCCCACCGCCCGCCGAGGGGGCGGCCGCGGCCCCUCCUGCCACCGGCCCCGCACCCUAUCACCGCUUGGAGGGUGCCCUGGGUCCCCGGAGCCGCAGCGACAGCGCGGAGCGCCGGCCGGAGCCCCCUGCAGCCAGCGCCGAGGACUAUCAUGAGGCUGAUGGGGCCCGGAGCCGGACCCGGGCGGUGGAAAACCAGUACUCCUUCUACUGAGCCCUCUAGGUCUUGGGGCUGGGCGGCAGGGGGAUAUGGAGCACCCGUGCCCCUCACCCCUGCACCAGCCUCGCCACCUCCUCCUGCCACCAGCAGCAAUCCAGCCCCAGGAUCUUCUCCUUGCUCCCUGAGGCUUUUGGGGAGCUGUGGGUGGGUGGUGGGUGAUGGGUCCCAGCUGGACCCGGCGCCAGCCCCGAGGUUGGGGCAGCACCUGGGGGUUUGGGAGGCUGAAGGAGUCAGUGCCAUUUCAGAGCUUGCAGUUUCUUCCCUUUCCUUCUGGACCAAGAGCUCUCCUGGGGCUGAGCUGGGCUCCCAGCAUCUCCUCCAGGAAGGAUGUCCCACCUGGGAUGGCAGCACCAAGACGUGAUGGGCUUCUUCCUCCAGCCAAAGCACCUUGGCACGUCCCCUCUGUCUCCAGCGUGGCCAGCAUCUAGCACCACCACCCUGCAAACCAGCUGCCAAAGGGCUCUGGCAUUUUGGGAUGAUCAGGGAAGUGGCAGAUCCCCAGAUGGAGGAUUUUCUUGCACACCUGGAUCCGUGCUUCUGAGAGGGCACUGCUGCAGGGCUGGGAGGGUUUAUCCAGGCUGGCUUUCAGGCUCCCUCUGGGACACAUUUCCCACCCUCUGCCAGGAGAAGCUUUUUUCCAAAGCUGAAUUAAUUGCAUUUAAGGAAGGGUUUUUUCCUGCUCUCCUGCCAUUUCUGUUCUUUUGUCCUUUCUCUCCUUGCUGUGCCUGUGGGAGAGUCCCUGGAUAACCCCUUUACUUCCUUCCUCUCUUCCUUGGUUUUUCAAAACCUCAGCUCUCUGCAAGGGCAUCAGCUCAGCCUUCUGCCCUCUCUCUGUGGCAGCUGGGCAAUGUUUUCCACUGCUCAAGGCAAACCUUUAAAAAUGCAACAACAGCCCCACUUUGCAUCAGUUGUUAGUGAUUGUGAGUGUCUGGGGGGCGUCAGGCAGAGGCAGGAGGCUCCAGGUGCUCCACUGGGUUCCUGGGGAUGAAAACACUCAACACCAUUAGAUGCUGUUGAAGGCUGGUUUUGUCUUGCCUGAGAAACAGAAAUGCCCAGGAAAAGUGAAAGGAAUGAGGCUGCUGCAGGUGGGUGAACAGCAGCUGACACAGAGGGUCCAGGUCAGGCUGGUGGUGUGUGACAGGAUUUAGGUGCAGUGACAGGAUUACCCUCACUGAUGGCUGAAGUCCCUCCCCAGCAGAUGUAAAACUCAGCCAGCCGUGGCUGAAGCAGCACUGCUGCCAGGAAGGACCAGGCACUGCAGUGGUCACUGCUUCCUGGUGGCUUUCUGCUGGACCACUGCAGCCACGUGCAUCUGAAGCAGAAACAGGAGCUCACCCUGGAAGAGAGAGCAGAGCAGAAACCUGCAGUGGCCAGGGAGGGACUGUGUUGUCCGUGGUUUUCCUGCAGGUCAGUGAAGUCAUGAGGGAGGUUUUACAGGCCAGGCUGCUCACUGUGCCUCACGUGGGCUGGGAGACCCUUCAACAGGGCAGCUUUGCUUGCAGACAGCACAUCCUUCUUGUUUUGCCUCAUACAGCUUGUCCCCAUGGCCAGGACUCCUGGCUCCUCGUGUGGUGGCCAAGCCUAGGUGACAGUGCUAGCAGGACCUGAGCAAGGUGGCUUUGAAGUGUCCAGGUGGGUCUCCAGGCAGGGCAGACUCCACUGUACCCAGCUAGAAGUUAUGACUUAGUGCAAAGAGAGGUAUGAGCCAAGCCACAACUUAGCUAAAACCCCUUCAGUUUUCCUGGAGACUUGUGGUGGGUUUGGGUUGGGACAGAUGAUUUUUAUUAUUUUUGUUAGGUGCCUUCUUUCCUGAGCUAGCAAAGUGUCCCCAGGUUUGGAGUCACUUUUCUCUCACCCUCCAGGAGGGCAGGGAAGGUGUCUCUGAGACUCUUUGCCUCCUCCCACGAUGUGAGAGCUGCCUUUCUGGUUGAUGGGUGCAUGAGCUGAGGGCUGGUGGAUCUCAUGCCUCUGGCAAACACCAUCUUCUCCCCAAACGCGGCCUUUCAGAGGGCAGCAGGAGUUGUUUGCUCUGCCAGGGCUGUAUUUCUCCUUCCUCAGCCCAGCUAAAACCCAGCCCAGAGGAGCCUGUGCAGCCAGGAGAGGCCAGAUGCUCUUGGUUGGUGGGUUUAACAUGGACCUUCCUUCACACACACAAUGAAUGAGGAGGAACCUCUGGAUGUGGCACAGACACUUGUCACCCUUGUUCUCCAUCAAGGUCCUAGUGGGCCAGGUGGUUGUGGAUGGGAAGCACUGCCUUACAGACCUUCAGAUGCUGGCUGGAUUGUUCACCUUCUGUGUCACAGGAUAGGAAAAGGAUGGGGAAGCAAUGAUCUGCAAGCAACAAUGUUCAUUUGUAAAUAGGGAAGAGUCUGGAAGAGUUUACUGUUCUGUAGAAUAAAUUAAUUUUAUUUAAAAAAAGAAAGGGGGGGAGGGGGACACACACGACUUGUUAAACAAAAGGAGAACUCGAGUUCCAGUUUUAAAA